GCCUCAGUUGGUCUUUCACUUAAUUAUCCCCGGUCCGAGACUUGGCAUAGUUAGUACCGAGACGCUCAUGGUGCCCCGUUCAAUCCAGCUAUUUGGGUGGCGUGGCUGUUCAUCUACACUCCAAGGUGGGGGCCCUGCGUGUCCUAUAACUUACCGGUUCUACUGCCGUUGUUACAUGGCAAGUUUCCACACCUGUAUUAUAAAGAUACCGCACGCGACAACAGCUCCGUUCCUUGUUUCUUGAUAUCUGGGUACCGUUCUAGGCAUUCUGCUUGACAUUUGCUUUCAAACAUCGUCUUUGGUUCCCAGUGGCCUUCUUUCACAAACUCUCCACAAUGACUGCUCAAGGGAACCAACCCCUUGACCUCACAGUCCUGGGUCUGAACUCUGGGACAUCUAUGGACGGUAUCGAUUGCACCCUGUGUCGCUUCCGCCAAGAGACACCCGAGUCACCUAUGCAAUUCGAGCUCCUAAAAUACGAUGAGGUUCCUCUUCCUCAACCUAUAAAGAAGCGGGUAAUGGAUAUCAUUUUGCACGACCGCACGUCCGCAUCCGGUCUGUCUGAAGUCAACGUUAUCCUCGGAGAGACUUUUGCCGAUGCGGUACAUGAGUUUUGCAAGAAGCACAGCGUGGACGUAUCGUCCAUUGACGCUAUCGGUUCUCACGGCCAGACGAUUUGGCUGCUGUCCAUGCCUGAGCCUGGGCAGGUUAGAUCCGCGCUUACAAUGGCGGAGGGCUGCUUCAUCGCUUCCCGUACUGGAAUCACCACCGUGACGGACUUCCGCGUUUCAGACCAAGCAGCGGGUCGUCAGGGUGCACCGUUGAUCGCGUUCUUCGAUGCUCUUCUCCUGCAUCAUCCCACCAAACUUCGAGCAUGCCAGAAUAUAGGGGGUAUCGCAAAUGUUUGCUUCAUUCCACCAGACAACAAGGGCGGCGUUUCUGAGACAUACGACUUCGAUACAGGCCCAGGCAACGUCUUCAUUGACGCCGUUGUACGCCACUACACUAAUGGCGAGCAAGAGUAUGACAGAGAUGGAGAAAUGGGCGCCCGCGGUACGAUUAAUCAGACCCUCAUCGAUGAUUUCCUGCAGCACAAGUACUUUAGUCUUGAUCCGCCGAAGACGACUGGCCGUGAGGUCUUCCGGGAUACGCUUGCCUUCGAGCUGAUCGAGAAAGCGGAGAAGUUGGGCAUGUCCCCUGACGACGUCGUGGCUACCGUCACUCGUAUCACAGCCCAAGCCAUUGUAGACCACUACCGACGCUACGCUCCAGCCGACCUGGAGAUCGAAGAGCUCUUCAUGUGUGGCGGCGGCGCUUACAACCCGAACAUCACCAAUUUCAUCCAGAAGGCCUUCCCCAACACCAGGAUCAUGAUGCUAGAUGAGGCCGGUGUACCGGCAGGCGCCAAAGAGAGCAUCACUUUCGCCUGGCAGGCUAUGGAGGCCAUUAUCGGGCGCUCCAUCCCUGUCCCCACUCGCGUUGAGACCCGCCGCGAGUAUACCCUUGGCAAGGUGUCACCGGGCGCAAAUUACCGCAACGUAAUGGGGCGAGGCAUGGCGUUCGGUGCUGGCCGGGACCACCUACCGCCUGUCAAGGAUAUGAACAAUUACGUUGAUGGCAAGUUGUUUGACAAUAAAUGGUGAGCGUCCAUUACACUAGAAUCACCAACGCCACCUUUCUCUGUUACAUACCAUGUGCCACCCAUAUCUACUGUCAAGUAGUUAGAUCGGACCUAGCCCAAGCAGCAGCGUGGAGUAGCGAGACGAAGAGCAGAUGUAGCAACUAUGGUCGAGAGGGGCUAAUGCUACGACAUGACAUAUGUUCUCAAAAAGGGUUACACAGGAAAAGCCUACUACUAGUAUACUUAGCAAAAUUUGUCUUAAAAUCUAAGAGGGGGGAGAGAGGUUUACAAAAUUAGAACAUAAAACUUAGCCUAAGGAAAUAGGCUCUACGCUAGGUAGUAUAUAGACAUAUAGAAGUUCUAAUACUAUAUACUAUCUUUAAUUUAA